AGCUCCUCGGAAGGGAUAGAUGAUGUUCACAUCCCCAAUACAUUAAUCCCGACAAAUACGCAAACUCUACCUAACCACGAUUACCACCGAUAUCAUCUCGUCCCGGCUGAACUUUUCAAAAGCUGGACUUUAGGGACGCUUUAGAGUAUCAUUCAUUGGCGCUGCAGUUCAGCGGCAAGCAUCGCCAUCAUGGCGACCUUACUUCCACCUCAUCCGACAUCACAGACGAUUAAUUCGUUACUCGGAAAGCUGUCAGAUGCCGACCCUGACUUUCGGUUCAUGUCCCUGAACGACAUCCUCACCGUUCUAGACAAUGCUAAACACGACAUUCUCCUUAAUGAUUACAAUACUGCUGCUCGGACCGUCGAUCACAUUGUCAAGGCUUUGGACGAUCAAAAUGGAGAGGUGCAAAACUUAGCCAUUAAGUGUUUGGGCCCUCUGGUUCAAAAGCUCCCUCCUCAAACCAUCGGCCCUUUGAUUGAGAAGCUCUCGACGAUGACACCCAAGAACUCGGUGGAUAACACUGUCCCAUCGCUUGCCCUACGAGCAGUUAUCGCCGCUCUUCCAAGGCCAGCACCUGGUGCUACAUUCUGGGAUAAGACCGUUGAGGAUGCGUACAAUCCGAUCAGCCGAGUACUCAUCCCUAGACUCCUGGGCAAGUCGACUCAGAACACCAAGGCUCCAGCAUCUUUGCGUCUCCCUCCCUUUGGUGAGGGACUACUGGACCCCGGAUCGAUGAACAUUGAAGCCGUCGAUGUUUUGAUUGAGCUGGUUCACUGCUUCGGUCCGAUGCUUGCAUCAUACGAAGUCGAGGCCUUGCAUGAAGGCGUCGUGGGACUCCUGGAUAGCGAAUCUUUGGCAUACAGCGUGAAGAAGCGCGCGGUUGUGGCUAUUUCUAGCCUGGCCGUCUAUACAAACGAUGCUGUCCUCGACAAGUUUGUUCAGCUGGCUGUUGCCAAACUUGGGAAUCGCGCCACUUCGAGGAGCACGCAACGAUUGUACAUCACCAUCUUUGGGUCUAUGGCACGCUCCAUUCCUCACAGGUUUGGACGUCAUAUGCAGGAUGUUGCGCCGCACAUCAUCUCGAUCCUCGGCGAGGAAGAGCUUGAACAGCACAUGGAGCUUGUCAACGAUGGCGCGGAUACCGGACCAGAGUUUAACGACAUACGCGAGGCCUCUUUGGUAGCGUUGGAUUCCUUUCUUGCGUCUUGUCCUGUGGAGAUGCGGGCGUUCACGGACGAAACCAUCAGUUCUUCACUUCGGUACUUGAAGUACGACCCGAACUACUCAAAUGACAUUGGAGAUGACGACGAGAUGGACGAAGACGAGGAUGAUGCCAUGGAUGGAUUCGACGAUGACGACGAGUUCGAUACCGGUGACGGUUUCGACGAUGACGAUGACGCGAGCUGGAAAGUCCGACGCUGCGCUGCCAAGGUCAUACACACUCUUAUCGCCACUAGAAGCAAUGGAGAUCUCCUGGACAGCGGUGUUCUCUACAAUGCUGCAGCAUCCCUUGUGAAACGGUUUGAUGAGCGUGAGGAGACCGUGAGACUCGAGAUCAUCGCGGCACUUUCAUUGCUGGUACGCAAGACUGGCGAAGGUCACAUCCCCGAGUUCUCGCUCGAUAGCUCGCAAGUAGACUAUCUCAGCCAAUUACCGCCGAGUCGCAAGCGAAGGCGGCAGAGCAGCGGUGGAGGUGCCGCAGCUAUCGGGCUGGCUACAGACUCGCGCCUGGCAGGCACCGGACUAACCUCGCCGGUUCUCGAGAAGGUUCCGGCGUCAGGUCCUCGCGCUGACCUGGCCAAGAUGACGCCUGCAGUUGUGAAAGCAGGCACUAAGCUCCUCAAGGGCAAACUGUUGUCUACCAAGCAAGCUGUGAUCAAUCUAUUUGAUGACAUUGUGAAGGUUCAGAGCGGUGGUCUAUCUGGAUAUCUCGAUCAGAUUAUGGAUCCCACUAUCGAGGCGAUGAAACCAACAACUACUUCAGCAACUUCAGCUGGUCUUCUGUCAUCUGGAGGGAGCGCAUCAGCCACACCUGUAACUCUGCGUGUUGCAGCCCUACGGUUGAUGAGUGAUGUGGCAAAGACUCACUCAUCGCAGCUGCUACAGCCCCAUUUGAGUAAGGUUGUUGUCUGUGUCGUAGCUGUGGUGAAGGACCGAUUCUACAAGAUUUCAGCUGAAGCGAUACAAACCGUGGAGGAGAUCGUUAAGGCCAUUACACCUCCACGCGCCCGGAAAUCUUCCGGGAAGUUCAAGGACGAUCUUCACAAGCUCUACGAGGUGAUCAUUGACCGCCUGGUAGCCAACGACGCAGACACUGAGGUUAGGCAAAAGGCCAUACACGCACUAGGAACUCUUUUGGCACGAACAUCGUCAGGCGAAGGGGCAGAUUUGCUGCCUGCUGCCGAACGCACCAAGGCCCUGGGUUAUCUCUUGGAGCGUCUGCGAAACGAGACCACACGACUGUCCGCCGUAAGGGCUGUUGAUAACGUUGCCGCCUCGGCAUCUGGGGAUGUACAGUUUGAGGCUCAGUGGACCCAAGAGGUCGUUGUUGAGCUGGCUGCUCAGUUGCGCAAGUCUAACCGGGCUCUCAGGGGCGCAAGUGUACAGGCUUUGAGCCACUUGACGCACUCUCCAUCGGUUCGUGCACAUCUCGGUGACCAGACCGUGUCUGCUUUAAUUGCAGAUCUGCAGCCGGUUAUUCUUAACAACGAUGCCCACCUACUUAGCCCUGCACUUCACGUCAUGGCCGAUCUGGUGGAGAAGAACCCCAAGCUUGCCGUCAACAGUCAAACAAUCGCUGUGAUUUGCGAACUCCUCCGUACUCCCACUGCUGCUUCCGUUCUAGAGCCGCUCCUCACACUGGUGACACGGGUUGGUCAGAGCGGUAUUGGUGGCCCAUUGAUGGCCGGCCUUCUCAAGGAUGUUGGCAUUGGAGGCGACCCUGUCGUAGUCGGAAAGGUCAUCGGAAACCUUUUGGUUUCCAGUGGAGAUUCCGCAGGGGUUACGCUGGACAGCUUCAUUGCAGAAGCUCGGAAUUCAAGCAGCGACCAGGCCCGCGCAAGUCUUGCCCUUGCAGUACUCGGAGAAGCUGGCUUGCGCCUGGGUGCCAAAUCACCCAUGACCCCGGACAUCUUUCUUCAACAGUUCGGAACGGAUUUCGACAAGGUCUCCAUCUCUGCUGCAGUUGCGCUUGGACGUGCCGGCGCGGGCAAUGUUGAACAGUAUCUUCCAGUCAUUCUUGAGGGCAUAGGACAGUCUGGCAGUAGACAGUAUCUGCUUCUCCAAUCAGUCAAGGAAAUCCUGCAGCAAGUCUCAUCGUCGGAGAUGGACAUUGCGGGCUAUCUCCCUCAGAUAUGGACCCAUCUACUCAACGCAUCGGAAUCUGAGGACAACAAGGCCAUCGUUGCAGAAUGUAUCGGCCGCCUCGUCAUCAUCGCACCACAGACAUUCGUGCCGAAGCUCCAGAGCCUCCUACAGGAUUCUUCACAGCAAUUGAGGGCGAUUUCUAUUCAAGGUCUCCGCUACACGUUGCCGGAGUCCAACGAUGCAUUUGAUGCCAUAAUAAAGGAGCAGUUGGUUCCGAUAUUGAUCACGGUCCUGCAAGACAAGGAAUUGGAAAUCCGUCGCUUGGCUAUGACUGCACUGAACUCUGCCGCACACAACAAGCCUGAUCUAAUCUUGGGCCAGCUUAGCCAGCUGCUGCCGCAUGUUAUGAAGGAAUCGAUGAAGAACCAAAGCCUCAUUCGUGAGGUUCAGAUGGGCCCCUUCAAGCAUACAGUUGAUGACGGUCUUGAGGUCCGCAAGAGUGCAUAUGAAACCCUGUAUGCUCUGAUGGAGACUGCAUUCUCCCGACUAGAUAUCAUUCAGCUUUACGACCGUAUCAUUGAUGGACUCCGUGACGACACUGAUAUUCGCGGCCUCUGCAAUCUGAUGCUUUCGAAGCUGGUGUACCUGGCGCCUGAGGAGACCACUCGACGACUGGACGCCAUUGCUGCUGCCUUCCGCGGUACUUUGUCUACCAAGCUCAAAGAAAACGCAGUCAAGCAAGAGAUUGAGAAACAAAAUGAGGCAAACAGGAGCGUUCUCCGUGUGAGCCUGCUGCUCAACGAGAAGCUCUUGGGUAGUUUGGCCGCUUCGGGAAGCGGGUCGAGCACAGCAGGCGGUCCUACGCCCGUCGGAUUUAGCCCGGUAUGGAACUCAUAUUGGGAUACAAUUAACAAGGACCACAAAGUAGCUCUCAAGGAGUUGCGUGAAGAAAACAUGGCUAUGAGGGAUACAGGUGCAUCUGUCCGUUAGUAUCCGGACAAUGCUACCUCAAAACUGCCAAAUAUGCUAGCCAAUGUGACGAUUGGCGCGACGGGAAUACCUGCGACUGCAGUUUCUGAGAAAGGCAAAAAGCGCGACUGGCAAGGGCGAUUUGUGAUUUGAACAUAACAAGACGAUGAAGAUGACCCGACGUCUAGUAACAGUCUUGGGAAGUUGGGCAGUAUUCGCAUGGAGUAAAUAGCCAGAGUAUCUAGGACAGUCACGACAUGGCUAGCGGUAUUCGCAUCGUUAAUUCAAGUAACAUAGCUUGAG